AUUUUUUCUCAAGGUUUGACAGAAGAGUUUUGUUUGACAUUGACAUAAUAAUAUUAUUCAUUCAGUAACAGUAGUAAAUAAAUAGUUUUUUUUUCACUGGAAAGUAGUUUUGUAGUAAAAUAGAGUAAUGGAAUCACAUCCACUUAAUCUGGCCCAUCAACAACACCGUCGUGCUGAGGCGCACCUGAUAAACAAUAGGUAUGACGAGGCGAUGCAGUGCCAUCACAAUGCUGCUGAACUAUUACUGGACGCUAUGAAGUCCACGACGUCGUCAGUCGCACUUGAAUCUAUCACAUUGCAACACAGUUAUCAUCUCAAACAAAAAGAUCUCAUCAAGAACAAAAAGGAACAAUACGAACGAGUCAAAAAAGCAAUGGACAAUAUCAAAGGUUUGGGGAAAGACCCCACCUACAAUAUUCAAGCAAAUGAUAGUUCUAAAGUCCAAGUCGCUAUUUAUAGAACAAUAAAUGAAGCAGAUUCUUUGUUAUACACUUUAAUCAAUAGAAAUGCUGAACAAGGCCAAGUGAAAGACGCAGUUAUUAAAACCGAUGUUGUAGAUGGUAAGAAGAAUGAAAAGGGUCAGGAAACUGUUAUAGAAGAGUUGCAAAUACUGAAUCAGAACCUACAUUCUCUUGUGGAACAGUUAGUAAUGCAAGCAGAAGUACUUAAGGAUGAAAACAUGACCUUAAAAGAGAGGGUAAAUUAUUUAGAAAAAGAAAGGGUCAAGUAUUUGAAUCUUCCGUCUACUCAGAAUGAUUUAUUACAAAGGAACUUUUCCAAUAUCAAUAUAGGAAAUGAAGGUGUUCAAAAUGAUUUUAUUCAAAAAAUGCCUACAUCUAAAGAACCUCAGCUGGGCAGACCUAUCAAUGUAGCGGACAGAGCGGCUCUGCCUCAUUUUGACUUGAGUGCACUGAAAGAUUUAUAAUUGAAAUGGACCUGUGAAUAAAUAUCUAUUCAUAAAAAUACACUUAGAUCGUUAAUUUUAUUUGAUUUUGUUAUUAUUGAAAGUAUUUUUUUUUUUGUAUAAUUUUGCUCAUUUAGAAAUUAAAUCAAUACAUGGUGAUUUUAUAAGUCUAUUUAAGUAAAUACAUGUUUGUAGAUUUAUAAAUUGUUUUAUGAUUUCUUAAAACUGCCAUGCUUGAGAUAUAUUUUCAUUUAUUUAUUGCUGUAAAUAGAUAACCAUGACAUUAAACUGUUAGGUCAUCAAGAGGUUCUUUUAUUUUAAUUAUAUGCACUAUUUUAUAGUAAGUUGGUAAAAAGUACCUGUGUACUAAUUUAUGGUAGAAAAUUCAUAGGGUACCUAUUGCAAGCAACAAUUUUAUACUACAGGGAUGAGAUUUCAGGAGAUUGUUUAGAAGGAAAAAACAAUUUUGUUUAUAGAUAUGUAUUGCAUAUUGGUCUUACACAAAAAUAAAAUUUUACUCUUGUUUUAAUGUAAAAAUAAACUUCCCAGUUGAUAUACUAGGAAUAACUAUUCUUACCCCUAUAAGGAAUCUAUACAUUAACAAACAAUAAAACUAAUAACAUGCUUAUAUUUUUGGUAACAUGAAUAUUAUACAGGGAUGCUACCAUUACUAUUUACUAUUACUCAUACAUCGAUUUUAAAUUUAGGUAUAUUUUGUCUAGUUAUUUGUGGCAGUCAAGACCACAAAUUAUAUUUACUAGAUUCUAAAAAGCUCAUUACAUUGUAUCUUUUGGAUGAGACAGAUCUCUCGAUAUUUUUUGUAUAAUUAUGCCCUGACUCAUGCCCUUAAAAUACACAAUUAUUUUGGCUCUAGUA